AGUACGGCAUGUUGUUUGACUCCCCUCCUCCACGCUCAGACGGUGAUCAGCUGGCCUGUCAAAUAUUACGCAGCGCGUGUGGGUUUUGUUUUUGUUCUUGUGUCGUUUCACUAGCUACACGUUGAAGACAUGGCAGCCAAGAUGGAGCUUGCACCUCUCAGACCUUGGGAUGAUUUCUUCCCCGGAACGGACCGGUUCGCCAAACCUGAAUUUAGAGAUUUAACAAAGUGGAACAACAGAGUGAUCAGUAAUUUACUGUACUAUCAAACGAAUUAUUUCGCCGUGGCACUGGUGGUUUUCCUCAUUGUAGGGUUCCUGAACCCAUUUGGCAUGUUUCUGGGAGGAGCUGUGGUGACUCUGGUCUUCGUGGGUUCAGUGUGGGCAGGAGAGAACCAGGCCAUAGUUAAGAACUUUAAAAAGAAGAAUCCCACUCUGUUUGUCAUCGUGGUCAUGGUCACCAGCUACUUUCUGCUGUCGCUGUGUGGUGGCGUCAUGGUCUUCAUCUUCGGAAUCACCUUCCCUUUGCUGUUAAUUCUGAUUCAUGCCUCCCUAAGACUGCGCAACAUGAAGAACAGACUGGAGAACAAGAUUGAGGGAGUUGGGCUAAAGAAAACUCCCAUGGGCAUCAUCAUGGACCUCCUGGAUCAGCAGGAGGAGAAAAUGAACAAGAUUCAGGAUUUCAUUGAAAGCAAACUGAAGGAAUAAUGCUCUAGCCAAACGUUCCAAAAUGUCCAUAGUAUAGUCCCAUUUGUUGAGUUUGUAUCCCCUCUAUACAUGUAAAGUUACUAAUGUUUGCAUUCCCAUUCUUUUUAUGCAUUUCGUUUUACUUUAUUCUCUUUUGUGUGACUGAAAUCACAGAUGGAUAGUAACAUUUUAGAGCACGAUUUGCACAAUCACAGCGUGGAUUGGAUGUUGAGAGGCACCAAAGGCUACCAAAGGGCAUCCCUGUGUCAAAAAUGUUCCAAAAACAACUAAUUUCCCUUGUCGACAACACACUUUAUUCCACAUGAUGACUGAGUUUUUCAGCAAAAUGAAGCAGAAUGUCUGAACACAAUAUCUAAUGCUGUUAAUAGAUAUCAAUUUGUUUGUUCUAAAGAAGAAAUCAGAUACUUUCAGUUUGCUACCUCAAAACAAGCAUGUUUAGAUUACCCAACACCCACUCAACUGUUAACUGCUUAUUAAACAGCAAUAACACCCAUCUUGUCACUCCAAGAGCUGUAUCAAUACUGAUCUGAGACCAGUUUGCUUCUUGUGUAGACAUGGUUAUAUGGCCUGACUAAUAAUCCUGGAGUUGAAAUAUUCCUAUUCUCAAAAGAUGUGUGCACACAGUUCCUGACCAUACAGUCUGGCCUGAGUGUAUCUAUUCUGAUCACAGCUAUGCAAUGUUGAAAAAUGAAUGGCAAGUGCCGCUUUAUUGUUUAAAUAUUAUGUCAUGGUAUGUACAUGUUUGUUGUUAUUUCUGAUGUGUCUUUAUUUUUUUAAUAUAGCAUGCAGAAAUGUAUAAAAUGGCUACAGGAUACAAAGUACAUACUUUUGGGAAUGAGACAAAAUGAGUGAUUCAAUUAAUGAACUUCCCAUGCUAUUUUCCCCAUUCCCUGUUAAAAAUACAAUCUAAAUUAAAUCUGUCAUCUGUAAUGUUAGGUGUUCUUUUUCAAUGCUGUUAAUCCUGCUAGUAAGAGCAGUUGUUUCCUGUUUGCUUUUCCACAUGUGCACAUUAACUGCAGUUUGUGCAUGCUGCCUUCACAAAUGGCAGUUCAGAAAGACUGUUAUAUGGAUGCUAUCUUAUAUAUUCUCUAUGUUUUUAUGUGACUUUUUCAUUUUUGCAAAGUGAUGAGAAGUGUGAUUAAAUCACAGAACUGGAAGUAAAACAUGGCUGUCCUCUAAAAAUAAAGAUAACCGGAUUUAC